AUGGAAAUUUUCCAGGCGCAUGUCAUUGUUAUUCAGCAAGCCAGUUAUGAUAAUGCGCCGUCAUGGAUAAUCUUUUGUGAGUCUUCAGUACCUGACCGACUCGUCUCUAUCCUUCCACUUCGGAAGAAAGGAAAAUUGUGUAAAGUUUUCAUUGAAACGAAAAUAAAAAUGUUGACGAAAUACUGGGGCACCGAUUUGCUCCUGGGAAUCGCGGGUCUAGUGGUGCUGGCAUAUUUAUACAUGACGAGAAAAUUCAAGUACUGGAAAAAUCUGGGAGUGAUGGAGCCGGAGCCGACUCCCUUCAUUGGUAACUUUGGUGACUGCUUGAAGAUGAAGAAGAGCGCUGGAGAGUGGCUGCAGGGUCUGUACAACUGGGGCGCUGGUCGCCCUUACAUCGGGUUCUACGUGUUCGACCAACCGUUCUUCCUCGCUCGCGAUCCCGAGUUGAUCAAGAAUAUCCUCGUGAGGGACUUCGACUACUUCCAGGACAGGUUCGCCCAGGCGAGCCCCGAGGAUCGUCUAGGGAAUGCCAAUCUGUUUUUCGUUAAGAAUCCAGCGUGGAAGUACGUGAGGUCCAAGAUCACGCCGAUCUACACGUCCUGGAGGCUGAAGAAGAUGUUCCAGCUGAUGACGGAAGUUGCUGAUGAUCUUAAAACGCACAUGGCGGCGCUUCCUUGGAAGGGGGGCAGUCUAGCCAUUGAGCUCAAAGAACUCUGCGCCAAGUACACGACAGAUGUAAUCGCCACCACUGCCUUUGGUCUCAAAGUCAACUCCCUCAACAAUCCCGACGCGGAAUUCCGUAAAUGUGGACGGGAUAUAUUCAACUUCACUUUCUACAGAAGUAUCGAAUUCACGUGUGUGUUCUUCGCUCCUCGCCUUACUAAGCCGCUCAAGUUGAAGGCCUUCUCACCUGCUAAUACAAAGUUUCUGAGAAGUGCAGUUUGGAAUACACUCAACGAGAGGGAACGCUCGGGGAUUAAUAGGGAUGAUCUCAUUGAUUUACUUCUCGAGUUGAAGAAGACUCAGGCCCCUGGGCCUGAGAAAGAAUUGUUCGAUUUUGACGGAGAUAAUGUAGUAGCCCAGGCGGCGGUAUUCUUCUCCGCCGGGUAUGAGACAUCGGGAACAACAAUGAGCUUUACACUUUAUGAAUUAGCUCUUCAUCAAGAUGUGCAAUCAAAACUGAGGACUGAAAUUAUGGAAAACCUUGAGAAGACUGGGGGAGAAAUAACGUAUGAUAUGAUAUCGGAUUUAUCAUAUUUGCACAUGGUCGUCUCUGAGAUCCUCCGGAAGUAUCCGCCAUUGCCGUUGCUCGAUCGAGUAGCAGCGCAGGAUUACAAAGUAACCAACUCUGAAUUGGUCCUGAAAAAGGGAACCCCGGUCUAUAUCUCUCUACUCGGACUUCACUAUGACCCCCAGUAUUUCCCUGAUCCACACAAAUUUGACCCGGAGCGGUUUAGUGCGGAGAAUAAGAAGACGAGACCUGCCGGUGUCUAUCUGCCCUUCGGAGACGGUCCUCAUACUUGCAUUGGUCAGAGAAUUGGUCUGCUACAAACAAAACUGGGUCUCAUCGAACUACUUCGAAAAUUCGAAUUUUCGCCGUGCGAGCAAACUCUUAUGCCCAUGCGAUUCAAUCCAAAAGCACUGAUGCUAGCAGCGGACGGUGGGGUUAUCAUGAAUGUUCGGAAAAUUUCAGCAAAUUAGUAUCAAAAGUUCCAUUUUCAUAUUAAUUGGCUGAGGUGAAGAAGCCUUGUAAAUACGUUAACUGUGGUCUAAAAUAAUAAUAAAUAAAUAAAUAAAUAAAUAAAGUAUAUAAUUUAUAAGAAAUGUUAUUAUCAACUAAAUAGAAAAUAUUAAAGCAUGAAGUGAAACAAAAAAAUAAUAACGAUAAUAAUAAUAAUUAUAAGAAUAAUAACUGCGUGACCUGCUAUGGAACGUUCUAUUCAACCCUAAUUAUGAAGGCUCGCACACUGAGUCCUUUCUCAAUCUAAUUCUGCAUUUAUCAAUGAAAUUUUUCUUCUUUCCCUCACUCCGCAUUGCGUACUUAAUCACUUUGAAAUGUAAAAUUUAUGUACCCCCCACUGCCAUAGGGCGCAGUCCCUGUAAGGCCGCUUAUUGAAAUAAAUAAAUAAAUAAAUCAGUGGUAAAACGA